GUGGUGGUCGGCACGCGGAGUGCGCGGCGACGGACCACGUAGUAGGAGGCUGCCGCGAUUCAAUUUCAGUCGAAGCGCGUCAGGCAGACUGAACGAGCGGGCGGCCGAUCGUCGGCGAGAAUCAGUCGGCUGCUCUCCUUUCCGCGCUUCGAUUUUUGAGUCCUCGGUAAGAAGCAGAACGGAGAGAAACGGACAGGUAAAGAAAGAGAGAGAGAGAGAAAGAGUGAGAGACAGAGUGAGUGGAGAAGAGAAUUGGCGCCUUCGUGCGCGCGCACUCAGUCUAAAGUCGUGCAGUGCUUUCGCGUCGCAGGUGUAGUACACACACACACACACACGUAGUAGGCAAGCGCGGCGUACACACACAAGCCUCGUGGCGCCCUUCACGCGCUUCGUCCUCUCCCCACCAGCGCGCGCUGUAGGGUAAGCACGUUCGCGCGUGUGAGUGUGUCUCCAGCAUCCAGUCGGUGUUUACGUCGCGCGCUGACGUCGUACCGUUGCUAGAUCGUACUGCCCGGCCGAUUUGGCGAAAUUUUUUUCGCCCGGAGGCUGUUAUUCGCGUCUGUUAUCCUGAGACUAAUCGUCGCGGAAACGGUGCAGUGAUUCUCGGCAAGUGAAGAGACACUCGAGUCGUCGUAUCGACUCGGUGAUUUUCGGUGAGCUCGAUGUGCCGAUUAUGCAAAACUUCAGACUGAUGCGGCCGGCAAGUGAUAUAAAUGGCGGUUAUUGUGGAACGUUACGAUGGCUCGUGUGAACGAGAAAGUGGUGAAUAACGUCGCGAGGGACAGUAAAUUCGCGAUCUCGUCACGAAAUCUCGCUGCCCGGCAUGGAUUUUCGCUCGGUUUGUGCGAUCACGGUUACGUGACAGCCAGAACGACAUUGACGACGACGACAACGAAGGAACAACGACUCAAGUCGCCAUUAACCGUAGUUGUUAAUGAAAAGGAGAUUCGUCUACGGCGCUGGCGACAACGAGAAUGGAAUUCGGGGGCUACAAGGGCACCGGCUCCCGCGUCAGGGCGCGCCGACGUGCAGAAUUGGGCAGACGGCUCACCAGGAGGCUGUCCAUCGUCGCGAAAAUGCCGGCUGCGAUCCUCAGCAGAGCGAACCCGCCGGAGCCGAGACCAGUCGAGAUCACGGCGAUCGCACCUGACAAGACGCAGCUUACGUUAUCAGCUUCGUCGCCCGGCGCUAUCUCUUCCGUGGUCGCCCCGGUAUUGCUGAAGUUUCGUGUAUGCAGGCCGCGACUGCUGCUCGCCGGCUCAAGGGCCGAGGUCGACCCCGCGGCCGAUGUGGCCCUCCUGCACGGUGAGGUUCUGCUCAUCGAGGACUCCGCGAGGCAGUACGACGCAACAGGAGAUACGGAUCGCAGGUACCGGGCCACGGAGAAGCUGUUGCAUGCGGAGGAGGAGUACCACGAGAUAUUAUGCAGCGCCAAAGAAUUGUACGCACGUCCAUUGGCACGGAGAUACCCCGAAUUCCACGACGUCAUUUUCCAGCCUCUCGCGGAUCUAUCGAGAGUCAGCGCAGAGCACUGCCAGAGGAUCCGCGGGGCGCUCGAGAAUUGGGACGGCGGUGCCUUCAAGCCGAGUGACUUAUUCCCUGGCACGUUUUGGAGCUCUUACUGGGAAUACCUGGAGAGAUACAGCGAGGCGAGGAGGACUCUGGACGAGCUGAGAGCGUAUGAGGACCCCCUACUGGACUUUCUCAGACUCAGGCAGGCUGCAGCCAGGCACUCGCCUUCGUCUUUGCUUCUUCUACCGGUCCAGAGGCUCGCCGAUUACGAAAGGUUCCUGGGGCAGGAAGCGAGGAACCUGCUCGAGAACGACUUCGUCAGUAGCGGCGAGGUUCUCCAACGGGGACAGCUCGAGGGCGACCUCCAUCGCAUCCAAGAGCUAUUCCCUGGUGACAACCUGCGAUUACACGAGCGAGAUGUCCAAACAACGAAGAUGAAGAAUUUGAAUUUGCGCAAGAGGAACGGCGGCAAUCCCGGAAAAUUAACGAGAGUGUUAUCUCAGAAGUCCUUAAAUUCUUCGAUACUCUUUGCGAACAACAGUCCACCUGUGAAGUCGCCGUCGAGAACCUUUCUCUUGGAAACACCGGUUCAGUUCACCACGGGCAUGCAGUCUCAAGAGAGGCAUCUCUUCCUCUUCACCGAUCUCCUGCUGAUCGCGAAGUCGCGAAGUGGCGGGAACUUCAAGCUGAAGCAGACCGUUCGAAUGAGCGAGCUCUGGCUCACAGCGGGUCAUAUAGAGGAUGUGGCGGAGACCAGCAAGUCUUCGGAGACCAGCUUCGUCCUCGGAUGGCCCACCACGAAUGUCGUGGCGACUUUCAUGACUGCAGCGGCGCGGGAUCUCUGGUGGGGACGUCUCACCGAGCUCGUGCGAGAGGAAAGCAUGAAGGAGCCGCCACACACGAGCAUCCGAGUCCUAUACCACGACAGCGACACGAACACGGAACACUACAAGUCGAUCAUGGUGGGUUCCGAGAUGACUGCGGCAGCUUGCCUGAAUCUGGCGAUGCCGUUGUUGGAUCUUCAAGGGCACUUCCAGCUGUGGGCCAAGACCGCCGCGGACGAGGCGCCGUAUCCACUGAUAGGCCACGAGCGGCCGUUCGCCGUCAAGAUGUCGAGCCUACGACAUAUUCUGUCGGCAGAGGAGGGCUUCGACCUGGAGCACUGCAACAAAAGUGUCCACAACACCUGUCACUUCAUCCUCAGGCCAGUAAUGAAGUCGCCCGUGAAGAAGAACAACCGGUCUAAGAUAACCGACCUGUUGCGACGGUCCCUGUCGCUGAAUCCGAGCCUCUUCGGCGUGAAUCUGUCCAAGUUGGACGACAACGGUCUGCCUAAGCCAGUGUUGGUGAUGCUGCAGCAGUUGUUCGCAAAAGGCCCGUUCACACAAGGUAUCUUCCGCAAGUCUGCGAACGUUCGAAUUGUCAGAGAGUUACGGGAUCAGUUAGAGUCCACUGGUGAUCCCAACUGUCUCGAGAAUGCGCCGAUCAUAGCGGUGGCGGCCUUGCUGAAGGAUUUCUUGAGAUCUUUGCCGGAUCCCCUUCUGACGUCCCACCUAUUUCCUCUUUGGAUGGAGAGCUUGGAAACGCAGCAUCCUGUGCAAACUAUGAAGAAUAUUCUUGACAAACUGCCGAAGGCGAACCACACGUUACUCUCGCAUUUGAUCUGCGUGCUGCAUCAUGUGGCGAGGCGAUCGAAGCGUAAUCUCAUGUGCGCUAGUAAUCUCGGCGUCUGCUGUGGUCCGAGUCUACUUUGGUCGCCGAAUCCAUCGGUGAAUCAGAGCAGGGCGAUCCCGACAAUCACGGAGAUGCUUAUCCGUCAUUGCGAGGAUCUGUUUGGUGCCGGCGUCACGCAGCUACUCGGAGAAGAACGCAGUGACAGCGGAGCCGAAGAAAGCACUGAUAGUCUUCACUCAGGCGGACUUUCCUUGGACAGCCUCGACCUGACGGAGCACCCGCGCAGAGAUCCUAUGACGCUCUCGAGAGAUUCCGGCUUGACAUUGUCGGAUUGCCAGCUGUUCCUCCCGGAAUCGCCGGUAGGCUCGGAGGAUUCGGCAGUGAAUGCGCCAUCAUCGGCUUUCGACAAGCCCCUCGCGAAAGAGGAGAAGUCCAACAACAAAACCUACACUCGGGUUUACGCUGGAUGGGACGAACGGAUAAACGGCUACGCGUCUGGUGGCCAUCAUUCGAGUAGCAUAGAACACAAUUUCAGGGAGGAGAAGACCGCUGGUGGCGUGUGUCCGAAUCCUAACUUUCAAAGACAGGACUGGUUGCGGGCUCAACUGAAAAGAACGCCCAGGACGAAACUGGACGAGCAUGAGCACAGGAAGGACAGAUUCGACGACAAGGACCUGUACGGCCAAGAGUAUCUCAGACAGGACUCAAUGAAGGAGAACGUGGAAAACUGCAAGGAUCUUUAUCGAAGCCCGCAGCAGCAGGACAUCCACGGGGAGCGGACUAAGAGAUGCCCGAUCCACAACUCCAAGCAAGAUCUGUCGGGCGACACGUCGCCUCUGUGCAACGUGCCCCGUUAUGAAUUUAAAAAGAAGGAACGUUUCGGCGAGUUCAAAAAGAAGAUUAAGUCCGAGGACAAGUACACAAGCACCGGGGACUUGUCGCAGAAUGGCAAUUACCGUUCCAGCAGUAGUGAGUUCUACAAAAAACCGAAGAACGAGCUAUACGCAAAGAAGGAGUCGGCGACAACGCGCGGCGCCGCCAGCGAGCGUUACAACGAAUCCGACGACAACAACGCGUACGCCACGAUCAAUAGGGAUCGAACGGGCGAUCUGUACGGAUCCAGCGAGCGAAUCGACACGUGGCCUUUCGUGAUGGCCGAGCCGAUCGAUUUAUCGCUCUACGAGCCCAGUGAGGACGAGGAGGAGGAGGAGGAGGAGAGAACGUGGCCGGAGACGCCACCGCCAUUGCCGCCGCGACUCAGACAUCUGCCACCGGUGCACAUGAACUUGGAGGACCGGCACAAAGUGGCGGGCAGGUCCAGGUCUUUGCCUCCGCCACCACCGUACCGUCCGCCGCCGCAACCUCGUGCACCCAUCACCACGAGGCAUCUGGGUCACGGGAGAUCCGUCGUCGACGACGAGAGCUACGUCUGAGAGGCGGACGUGUUCACGUUGGCGAACGACGAGAGGCCGUGUCUGAGUCGUGGUGGACUGCCACAACACGACGAUCGAACCUAGUCCAAACGCACAUGUAGUAUCGAAAGCGGGAGAGAACGUAGAAGAGACCGUCGAUAGCGUCACACGUCGGCAUUUUUUUCUUUUAUAAAGAGCGAGGAGUACUUAUCGUCCUUCCGAUCAAACUUAGAAAUAGCGAUUAAAAAUGCGUAAGGACGAGCGAAUACACGCCAGAUGAGGUUGCGUUCGCCGUUCGCUCGCGACCACCGACAAUAAAUCGAUCUUGGCCCGUGUUCUCCCGUUAGCAUUCUCCAUUUUUCUCGUAUUCCUGACGCCAAAGCGUGGCAAUUCGAUUUCCAUCUCACGUUUACUUGGAACGUGUACUUUUUUCUCGUGUAUAUAUAUAUAUAUAUAUAUAUAUAUAUAUAUAUAUAUAUAUAUAUAUAUAUAUAUACAUAUACAUAAUGAGUUAUAUAAUAAAAAGUCCAAUUUAAAUGGUCACGUUUCGGAUUAAACGUGUCGCUGAAUCGAGAACAUGGGCCUCCGACUGUUAUUCAGUGAUUCAGGGUGCUUCCACAAAAGCGUUUAUUCGUAAUGUCACAAUAGACAUUAUACAUAUACAUAAGGUAGUUACUAUUAAGGAAGCGUAGAUAUAGUAACGUGGACAAGCUAGCGCCGGGAUAAUUUUGAUCAAAAGUAAUCAAUUGUUUUCUUACGUUAAACAACAUUCAUAAAAAUGUAAUCUUCGAGGCACAUGCACAUGUAUACAUAUCGAUAUGUAUUUUUCUGUGCGGAAAUGUGAUUUCCGCUACUGCUUAUCAACAGCCGCGCGUUAAUAAGCGUGAGGAAUCGAGAUAUAAAUAUAUCAUUCUGUAUCGUGUUUUAUAGCGCAUUAACCAGCGUAGAAAACUUUUUAUUCUUGUAAAAUCUUUUUAUCGGAUACAUUCUCUCGAUCGAGCAGAGAUCUUUUUGCCGACACUGUCGGUAUGACAGUGUUUAUGUCUGUAAUAUAUUUUUAAGUUAAUGUGAAGCGAUCGAAUUUGUAUCGCGCACGGGAACACAUGAAGUUUCAAAGAAUCUCGCGACACUAUCUCUCACUCAUCUCGUUCAUUUUUAAUUAGUAUACAAUUUGAAAUUGACUUUAAGUUCGUUCUUUUCGGGAUUUUACCUUCUUCUUUUUUACACCCCGAUCCUGUGAGAGAUGUCCGUACAUUUAUUUUAGUAAAUCUCUUAUUGAUAGAAUUAUCAUUUUUUGAAACGUUUUUUAUCGCGUUAAAAAGGAUAUAAAAAGAUUUCUUCUCUAGAGAACUCUUGUAGCGCUGAUAUUGAGCGAAAAAACGACACGAAACGAAAUCCCCCACGCGUAACGAACAAUAAUAAUGUUAUCUUUUGACAAUUGUGUUAAUAUGAUUUAUAAACGUAGAAUGUAUAUACUGUAGAGAGAAACGCGCGGACGCAAGUAACUUCUUAAUAGAUAGGAUUUGAAAAACGUUGAGAUGUUACAUCGACUAGCCUUCUUAUUCUCUGUAUAUAUUUUUAUUAAACUAUAAACUGUAAUCUUUUAUAUUCGCUAUACACAGACCGGCAUUAGUGCCACCCCACUCCCUAGCUCUAAAGUUGCUGAAAAAAGUGUCUAGUUGAGUACAUCGUGUUUGGAUGUGAUAGCACGUCCGACUAGACACUCUCGAUUAGACUCUAUGGUGACCAUAGAGUUAAGGAAUGUAACGAUAUUAAAAUCGGUAUGUGUACACUCUUAUAAUACACGUUAUGUAACACCUACAAGAUAUGUAUACUUAUCUAAAUUAUAUGUUAUGCAACAAAAGUAAA